GUGAAUUCUCAAGUUAAGAAGGUCAAUCCUGACGAAAAAUGGCAGCAAUGAAGACGGCCUGCUUCUGUGCUGUGGCGCUUCUUCUCUUGACCGUCGGCGCAUCCGCCGGACGGGAGCUACAGCAGACCACUUCGAAAGGCAAUCCCGAGCACGUCAUCGAUCCCUGGGCCCCCAAUAUAAAGUACCCUCCAGUGACGGUGGCGCCUGGCACAGUCAUCACAUUCAAGUGGAGGUUCCCGAAUGGAGUAGACAGGGUCCCAAGCGGCCAGUGCCCCUCAGACUUCACCCCGAGCCCCAGCAAUGGCAUUGUUGUGCUGGCACCUGUCAGUGAUGGAGGAACUUUCUCUACUCCUCCCCUUGACCCCGGGGUCCACUGGUUUGCCUGCCCAGUGCCCGGCCACUGCCCCUCUGGCAUGAUCAUCCAGAUCACUGCAGGGCCAUUGACAGCCGGCUGAGCCCCUGUUGAACAAAGCAAGAUUUUGCCAGAGAGACAACAAGAAGACAGCACGCGGUGGGAGGCUGCUGCUACGAGCAAUGCAAGCCGUUAGAGGCUGGCAGCGCAUGUAAACCACUUCAUGCAGCUGAAGAACGGCUCAUUUAUAGCUUGAAGACGUGAUCCAGUUGAGGACUGAUAUCAGGGAGUGGCAGUGACGAGAGAUGCUUCUUGUGCGGCCUGUUGAUUGCAGGAGCACUUUUCACACCGGGGCUCAUGCUGGAGAAUGAAAACUUGCCUGCUUUCCUGGUAAAGGUCCAACAUGUGUCGGAGAUUGCACUCUGUUCAACAGCUGCAAUAGCGCUGUGCUGUGGUGUGCAUGUAGAUUUUUGCUUUGUCUGCGCAAAGGGUUCAAGUGCGUGAUGCUUUAAGGCAUCAGAUCCAGGCAGUCUUUCUACUGAUACCUGUUUGCCCAAGUGUAAUCACCAGUGUAAU